GCAAUUCAGCUGUUUACACCUAUACACUCAGCACCAUUUUUUUGCAAAACCGCAGAGCAGAACGUUGAAAAUUAUUGCAGCGCACGCCACGUUAACGCGCCGCAACGCAUUUAGUUAAAUAAAAAAUACAUAUACAAAAUUAUUUUAUCUUAAUCAUUGACAAGAACGGUAUAAAAAUGGCCAUUGCCGAGCACGAUAACGUUUUCAUUUUUGUGCCGAAUCUGAUUGGUUAUGCACGCAUCGUCUUGGCCCUUAUUGCUUUCUGGUUUAUGUCAACGAACUACGUGAUCGCCGGUUGGUGUUAUAUAAUCAGUGCACUACUGGACGCAGUCGAUGGACAUGCCGCCCGGGCAUUCAAUCAGAGCACACGUUUCGGUGCCAUGUUGGACCAGUUGACAGAUCGGUGCGGCACGACGGGUCUGCUGGUUACCCUGGCCUAUUUCUAUCCAAGCUACAUGUUCUGGUUCCAGUUGUCGAUCGCUAUUGAUGUCGCCUGCCACUGGCUCUACAUGCAGACGAGCGUUGUGGUUGGACGCGUAUCGCAUAAGGUGAAUGAUAAUUUCGUGAUGCGCAUCUACUAUCAGAAGGAUGUGCUGACCUUUAUGUGUUGCGUGAAUGAGCUGUUCUACGUUUGCCUGUAUCUCUUGCAUUUCACCUAUGGACCCUUGAUAUUCGGCGCCUCGUUGUUCAAAAUAUUGGCCUUCCUCACCGCACCUUUUGCGGUGCUCAAGGCAUUGAUCUCUGUAAUGCAUGCCUAUGUGGCUGGCAGCGAUUUGGCUGCUGUCGAUGUGCGUGAGCGCCAGGAGAAACGCCAAGGCACUGAGCCUGUUGUCGUUGGCAAGAAGCUGGAGUAGGCUGGCGAGAAGUGAAACAACAUAAAGUACGAAGAAAAACUCUUGAUUCCAAAUAAUAAUAACUAAAACAAAACAAAACGUAAAACAAACAGAAAACAACAACUAACUAAUUAUAGUCGAAUUUUAGUUAAUAUUAGUAUGCUGUAAAGCUAUUUGUUGACUUUAUUUCAUAUUUUUAGUUUUACAAUUAAAAUUUGAAGUCGUGGGGUGAUUAUUCAAGCAUUAUAUUUGUAUACAUAUUUAUUUGCCUAAGUUAAAGUUAAUUUUUAAAUUUUGUGACGCUUACACACAUACACAUAGAGAUUUGUAUCCACAUAUAUAUUAUAUAUAUAAGCUAUUUGCAUGUUUGCAAAAGUUGUUUAAAUGGUUUUUGAAUCGAUGUUAUCCAUUUUAAAUGAAAUUCUUCAAAUAACUGAACUAAUAUUAUAUGUAUAUUUAACAUAAGCCGUAGCAACAAUUGGUACCUACAACAACUUAUUACAAGGCGCGACCUGCAAGUGAAGAAACCAACAAAAUGAAUAUUGAUGUUUAAAAUCUGUAGUAGCAUUAUCGAAAUAGUCGAAAUGCAGGGCGAUAUUAGUCAAUAUCGUUAUAAAAAACAAAAAAAAAAUGAACAAAAGAACAAAAAAUCAACAGUUUGUUAGUGGUGAACAGAGAAAUAAAUUGUUUUUGUGUGCAAAUCCAAA